GAUCGCUUCUCUUUCGGGCCUCUCAUACACUUUGCUCUCCUUUCUGCCCGCCCUCCCCCCUCCCCCCGGCUUGUCAAACAGUUCCCUCUUCUGUCAGCUCCUUCCCUCCCUCCCUGUCCCUGUCCAGGGCCCUAAUAAAGCUAUUUUGAAAGUGACCCAGUCGGUCUGGCUGCCCGAGCGCCCAGAGGGGGAGAGCUCGAGGAGGGAGAGGCCGGAGCUGAGGGCGCAGCUGUUUGGAACCAUGACUGAAGAUGACGGAUUCGGUGGUGGUGGAGGGUCAGGUCAAAUUGAGAGAUGGAAAAAAGUGGAAAACUAGGUGGCUGGUGUUGCGCAAGCCCUCCCCGGUAGCAGACUGUCUGUUGAUGUUGGUCUACAAGGAUAGAUCUGAAAGAGCCAAAGGUUACAAGGAGAGGAGCAGCCUGACUCUAGAAGACAUCUGUGGUCUUGAUCCUGGCCUCCCCUACGAGGGUCUGACUCACACACUAGCCAUCAUCUGCCUGUCCCAGGCUGUGAUGUUGGGCUUUGAGAGCAAGGACACAAUGUAUGCCUGGGAUAUCCGGAUUCGCUACUCUUUGGGGGAAGUCCACAGGUUUCAUGUGGCUGUGGCCCCAGGCACCAAGCUAGAAAGUGGAUUGGCCACUCUUCAUCUCUGCAAUGAUAUUCUGGUGCUGGCUAAAGACAUUCCUCCUGCUGUCAUGGGUCAGUGGAAGCUCUCUGACCUGCGGCGUUAUGGGGCUGUGCCAAAUGGCUUCAUCUUUGAAGGCGGGACCAGGUGUGGGUACUGGGCUGGUGUAUUUUUCCUUUCUUGUACAGAAGGAGAGCAGAUCAGCUUUCUUUUCGACUGUAUCGUCCGAGGCAUCUCCCCCACGAAAGGCCCCUUUGGCCUGCGCCCAGUCCUCCCAGAUCCAAAUCCAAACCCAUCAUCCAUGGAAGAGAGAGUGGCCCAUGAAGCCCUACAGUUAGAGAAGAGGCUCAGCCUUCUUUCGCAUUCAAGUCGUCCAGGAAGUGGAGGAGAUGAUAGGAGUUUGUCCAGCUCAUCAUCAGACACCAGCCACUCAGAUGCCAGUGCUGGGAGCCGGCUCACUCUCUGGCCUGAGCAGUCCUCAGCGAGCACCUCCCAGGAGAGCCACGGGCUGGCAGCUGCUAAGUCCCUCCACCUUGGGGAAGACAAGGCACAUGCAGAGGCUACUCAUGGUGCCACCAAGCCACUGCCAAAACCUCUCCGGUCCAGACAGCUCCAGGAAAUCGGCCGCCAGAGUUCUUCUGACAGUGGAAUAGCCACAGGGAGUCACUCUUCCUACUCUGGUAGCUUCUCUUCCUAUGCCGGGAGCCUGGACAUCUGCCACGGUGAUGAAUUUGGCUCCCUGCUUAGCUUGCCAUUGAACUUUGCUUCGGAACAGAGUUUGUGCACCUGCCCACCCAGUGAGCCCCCCAGGGGUCUGGAGUAUCAGGUCCCCAGCUCUUUCCGACAUCUCUAUGACACACCAAGGAGUGUAUUACAAGCAGCUGCUAAGGGCACUCAGCCCAGUGAUGGAGGUGCAGAUUCCACAGGACCCAAGGACCAGGCCCCAGGCCCUCAACAGGCCAGUGACCCCAAAGCAGCACCAGCCCCCCUCUCAGAGGCAGGAGCUGCCCUUGAGCCUGACCAAGACUUGGGGGGGCCCACUGCCUCCCUUGCAGAAGGCACCAAAGACUUGGGUGAUGAGACUUAUGCAGAUUUUCUUUCCAGGUGGUCAGGCAUCAGACCUCCAGGACAGGUGUUAGAAUCCCAAAGUAGUGAGUCGGUUUCACCUAGUGGAGUGUCCGCUGAGCCUUGUGAAAUGUGUAGUCACCGCCCCGGGGCUCCAAGAGCUUUCUUUACAUCAUGUCCAGUCUGUGGUGGACUCAAGGGAGCAGCUCUUUUCCCCCUGCGACUCUUCCCAGCACCCUCAGGAGAAAGAUCGCGCAGUGAGACCCCUACCUAUGUGAAUAUUCCUGUCAGUCCCACCUCCAAGAAACAGCUUCACUACAUGGAAUUGGAGCUUCAGGAACCCAGCCCAGGAAUAAGAGGGGCUGGAGCCACCCGGUAUGCACAGAUUGACAUCACUGCUACAGAGACGGCACACAAAGUGGGUGCUCAGCAUGCCCAGACCCGGGAAGAGCGUCUGCAGGAGUUGGAGCAGAAACAAAAAGGGGCCCAUCGGUGACCAGCCCGUGGAGAGCACUGGAGGACUGCCUUGCUGGGGCUGCAGGGUCCUUCUGGGAGGGCUCUGCGUUCUCACCUCUGGGGUGGGCCCCCUUCAGGUCCAACCAUGGCACAUUGCCCUCAGACCAGGUACCUCCUAGAGCCCUUGUUCCCACUCAGGGAAGGAGGUGGUGGUAGAGCAAGGGCUGAAUUUUUUUUCAGCUCAGAGGGUCAAUGUUUGCCACAUAAUGGGAGUCCCCAAGUUAAUUUCUUCCUCCCUGGAUCUUUGUGUCCCCUUGGAGAGAGGGAAGAUGAUAAAGCUGACCCAACAGUCACUAAUCCACUGUCAGAGUGCUGGGUUUGGAUCUUGGCCCUGCUGUGAAAUCCUGGGCAAGUUGAUCCCCUUCUCUGAGCUUCAGGUUUUUGAUUUCUAAAAUGAAGAUACUGAAGUAGGUGAUCUCUGAAGGUUCUUCUAGCUGAAAUUCCUACAAUAGUGGGAGGGGGCAGGCCCCAUUGCCAAAUGGUCUUAGUCCAGAGACCAUGCUCAGGAAGAAAGCACCAACUAUUAAAUAAUAUGAUGGCAAAUGAGUGCGGCACCAGAAGCUUUGGGCUUUUGAUUCAUGUGCUUAUUGCUGUCUCUCUGUGGAAUCACACUGAAAGCAGGCUGCAGUAGAGCCUGAGUCCCUAGUGACUGCAGAGAAAAGCCCCUCAAAAGCAAAUAACAAAUGUCAAAGUUGUUUCAGUUAACAAACAAACAAAAAAGGCAAAAAGGACAGUAAGUGCCACUAGCAACUCACCACUAAUCCUCUGACUGAAGACACUGACUGUUGACAAGAGGGAAAUUGCAGUUUUGCACAUUUUGGGAGGAGGGGUGGUGGAUGUUAGAAUAUUUGGGCUGGAACCUUGGCUCUGCCCUUUCCUGGUUUGAUUUGACUUUGGUCAAGUCACUUCCCCUCUGUGGGCCUCAGUUUCCUCACCUAUAAAAUGGGGAUGAUGAUCCCUGCUUUGCCCUGCCCUGCCCCUCACAGGGCUGUUGUAAGGAUCAAAUUAGAUCAUGUACCUAAGGCACUUUAUAAUCUGUAAAGUGUUAUUUGAAUGUGAACUAUUUAUUAUUAUAAUUAUUACUGUUCUUUAUAGAGUGAUAGUUCUCUGUGUGAGGACCCCUUCUAUGCCAAUCUGGGUCCCUCUGGUGCUGGGCUCCCCCACACUUGGCUCAGCUUAUUCUCAGAUGAUGAGGAGAUCAUUCGUGAGCCCAAGCGUGAAUCCUUUCCAGCUGCACAGGUCUUGCCGAAGCCUGGGCUCCCCUAGUGGAGCCUUCCAGAGCCCAGGGAUACCUCAGUGUGAUGAUGGAGAAUUAGAGUGAGAGAUGAUAAUUGUUGUUGUUAUUAUUCUAGAUGGUGGUGGUGGCCACAGGGAAUUUUCUGACAGACUACAUUUUGUGGCGGCAGCAUCUCCUUGGGCUGAUAGACUUUGUUGUUUGAGUUAGACUGCUCUAGUUAACCAAAGUCUGAGGUUCAGGCUCAGUUCCUAGUUGAACCAUGUGAAGUCCUUUGCUUCCUGCUCUCACAGAAGGGCACAGGAGCUGAUAUCAUGGACUUUCCCAUGUGUAUAGGUAUUGAGAGACUCGAUUGUAACUUAGGAAUGAAAUACAUUUUUUUUUCAAAUGAAGAGAAUUUUUAAAAGUGUUCCCUCAUUCCAUAUGUGUAUACUGGAGAAAGCCCAUCAUUUAUCUACCUGACUGUAAGUGCUUCUUGGGACCUAUUGUAGUUGCUCAUGUAAACAGCUUUGAACCAUUGAUGUUCUAUUUUAAAGUGCAGAUUCUUCUCCUUGGAAGGCACUGUUCUCUUUUGUAAUGUUUUGUUGGGUCUUUAUGGAUGAUUUUGGUUUUCUCUGUUCUUCCCAUGCCCCAGAUCUGACUUUGGGGAGCUAUACUGCUUGAAUCUGGAGGGGCAGACCAGUUCUAGGCUUCGGGAUGACUUCUGUGCCCUCCCAUCCCGCAGGUGGGGGAAUCCUAACCCACAGCUGCUAAGGCCAGUGUUGAGUUUUUAACAUCUGAAUCUCAAUCCUGGUCCUCAGAUGGCUCCCUCAGGGGAAGGCUCUCCAUUUCUCUGUGACUAGGCUUCAGUGCUUACCUACUUGACAGGGGUGCUUUGUGGGGCAAAGACUGUGUUAAGUGCUAGAACUAAAGACUCUGGAUAGAAUAUUAGGCAGUUUUUUAGUGGAUUGAGAUUGUUAUUAUGAAUAUGGACUAGCCCUGUGUUGCCUGUCCCCUCAUGAGCUGGCCUCGCAAGCUCUACAAUGUAAUAGCUUUAGUGCUAUCCCUGAUUUAAUGUCCUUGAAAGGGUUGAUAAAGCAAAAUUCAAAUGCCAAAUUGAAGUGACAACCAGCAAAGUAUUUGCCCACAUGCACCUGCUAGGGGAAAUGAGGAAAAAAACGAAUAAAGUAAGCUAAGGUGGAGGGACCAGAAUGGGGCAAACCUAGUGGUCUUUGUUCAUAUUGGUUUAGAUUUUAAAUACUCCCAUGAUGGGUGACUAGGUAUGCAAUAUGACCUCUUCAAUAGCCUGUUGAAUUAGCUCUUCAUUAGCCACAGGAGUUGGGGAAGAGAAGUAUCUGUGAAGCUGUGGAAAGAUUGCCUGGGAGACAGAUGCCUUGACCUCCCACCAGAGCUCCUCCAGUGGGCCAUCUUGCACUGUUCACUUCCCCUCUCUCUGCCUUGGUUUCAUCAUUUAUAAAAUGGGGGAAUGGGUGGCAGGAGAAUCCUGACACAUGCUCAGAUCCCCUUUGUGGUGAGUCAGUGAUUGUUUGCAAAUGAUCCGACCACACCAUUUAGGACCUACUAUUAACCUCUUCCAGUAGAAAACCCACCUAUUGGAGAGGUGGUUUUCACUUCUUUUGUCCAUGCAAAGAAGUUGAAGAACAUCGGAGAGAAGGAAAAUUAAAAGCAGCCUAGAGGUAGAAAGGUGAAGAAGACACAGAAGCCAGAUAAUCUGUAAUCCCUACCUUCCGAUUAAUUUAUAACUGACUAUUAGUUAUUUAAUAUUAUAUGUAUUAAUUAAUAUCCACGAAGGCAAAUAUAUUUUGCAAUGUACUAAAACUAAAAAAGUGCUUAGCACAAUGCCUGACGCAUCAAAUAAGCAUUAAUAAAUGCUACUCCCUCCCUCCCUUCACUUCUAAGAUUCCUUUUGACUCUAGUAUUCUAUGAUUCCAUUAGAAGAAAAAUAGUAAGUCCCUUUAAGAAUUAGACUUUACAUUCUAAGAUUCUCACUCCUAUGAAAACAAGGCUUCAUCAUGGUCUCUUUAACAACAGUUAAUAACUGGAUUCCUGAAAGGAAGAGUUAAGGAGGGCAGGGAAGAAUUCUCAGAUUCUUGAGAUAUGUGUGCCUGAAGUUCAACUCAUUCCUCAAUUGGUUCAAACAAGGGCAGGUAAUAAAGGAGGGAAACAGAAGCAUGAUCUGGUUCUUUAAAAAAAAAAAGUGGAGUCAGGGCCCUAAACUCAGAAUGAACUGAGGCUGGCUACAAAUGCUAAGGAUGAUCCAAGGGGGGCAAAGCCUUAAAAACUAUAUUAGAGGAGGAGAGAUCAAAGAAGGGACAAGUUCACUGAAUAGGGUGGAUGGGAUAAUCAAAAGUGAUAGCAAGGGGAAGGCAGAACUACUUAAUUCUUACAUUGCUUUCUCUGUCAACCAGAAUAAACUCUGGACAGAUAAUGACAGACCAAGAAUGACCAACAGAGAGCUGAAACAAAAGUAAGGAUAUAAGAGUAACAUUCUGUCCUUUCUGAGUUCAAGAUCCUAAUAAGCUAUGAUCCAGUGACCAAAAAAACUGGUGAAUGCGAUUGGUGUACCAGUGACAAUGAUUUUGGAAAGAUCGUGGAUAACAGGAGAUGUCCCCACAGGCCUACAGAAGAGUAAGUGCCCCUAUUUUCAAAAAAAGAACCCAACCCCAAAGUAUCCAAACUACAGGCCAAUGAGCUUGACUUUGAUUCCUGGCAAGAUUGUAGAGCCCAUCAAAGGUACAGUUUACAAGCAUCUAGAAAAAGAUGUGAUAAUAAAGAGUUAGCUUGACUUUCGUCAUGCCAAACUAAGCUCAUUUCCAAAAGGCAAAGUUACCGAAUUGUGAAAUUCUGUAAAUAUAUUUUACAUAGACUUUUAACAAAGCAUUUGAAAUUUUGAAGGGAAUAUAGGAGGACUACUUUAUGAGUAUGCUUCUGAGGAGAUUAUAGGUGGUAAAAUACCUAGAGCUCUGCACAUGGAGUCAGAAAGAUCUAAGUUCAAGUCCUACCUCAAAUAUUUACUCAUGUACAAUCCUGAGAAAUUCACUUGACCUCUGCCUCAGUUUCCUCAUUUGUAAAAUGAAGAUAAUAACAAUAGCCCAUAUCUCCUAAAGUACUUAGCCAAACUUAAAAUGCCAUAUAAAUGCUAGCUGUCAUUAUUAAGGCAUGGGUUUUUGACUUCUGAGGUCCCUUACAAUGUUGAGCUUUUGGUUGUCUUCCUCCUCUUUCUAUGCCCUUUACAGGUUUAUAAAGCUCUCUCUCUAUGCCAGUCCUAUGAUUUUUGUACCAUGUUACAACCCCUACUUUACUGAUGAAGAAUCAGAAUGAGGCAUAGAAGGCUCACAAGAGAUAAGUGACUUACCAACUAGGUCUAAACAGACCCCAAGUCCUCUGGAACAAAAUCCAGUGUUCUUUCCAUUACACAAAUGGAGUUUUGGCCUAAUUUCAUGGAUUGAUAACUUUCUUAAGAAAUGGAUGUUUUCUUUUUAGUUUCUUAUUUUUUGUGGGGUGGAGUAGCAAUUAUUGAGAAGGAAGAUAGUUGAUUCCUAUGAAUUAAACAUUUACUCUAGCUCAAAAUCCCAGCAAUAGAUUCUUGGAAUUUAUUCUACAUACAGAUAGCUGUUAGCACAGCAGGAAAGGCAAUGCAGAUGAACCAUAGGAUGGGAAAGGGACAGGUGUGGCCACAGUUCAGGAGACAGACAGUAUUUCUACCCACAUAGGGCUGUCAUAAAAUACUGUAUUUAUCUAGGGAAGAGAACAAGAUGAUUGCUGGUAUUUUUAGCUAGCAAGGCAUCCUGGAUUUGAAGCCAGAGGACCUACAUUUAAAGCCCAUCUGUCAUUAUCUGUGUGUCCCUUAGACGAGCCACUUAACUUCUGGACCUCUGUUAUUCCUCAUCUGUAAAAUGGGGGUUUGGGUCAGAUUUUAAUGUGGGGUCUGUGAAUUUGUUUUUUAAUAAAUGUCUUUCAGUACAUCUCG